CUGUGUCAAAAGAAAUGGGGAGCUUAGUGUGGAAAAUACUAGAAAGUAGGCAGUAGCAGAGACCUGAUAGAGGAGAGAUGAGCGUGGCUACAGCGUCGUAUCUGGUUCGGCGAGCAGCGCAGAAGGAGAGGGUUAGAAUCCUCUACCGACGAGCUCUCAAGGAUACUCUCAAUUGGGCUGUCCAUCGCCACCUUUUUUAUCCCGAUGCUGAUGCUCUCAGAGAGAAGUUCGAGGCGAAUAGAAACGUGGAGGACAUUGAACUUAUCGAUAGAAUGAUAGCUGCUGGAGAAGCAACCUACAAUAAGUGGAGGCAUCCAGAUCCUUACAUUGUUCCUUGGGCACCUGGGGGCACUAAAUUUUGCCGAAACCCAACACCACCUCCUGGGAUUGAGAUCAUAUACAACUACGGCCGAGAAGACAACGACUAAACUAGGAUCAUGUGCCUGGACAUAAAUAAAGAGAGUCUCUCUCGCGUGACCUGCAGAAAUGUGUUAAUUUAGCAAUGACUGGAUGUACUUAGAAGUUGUUGUUGCUGCAGAUCGAGAAGGCGAUUGCAACAUAUAUUGAUGAAAGAUCUCAAUCUGGUUUGUUGUUCAAACUAAUCAAUUUAUACCUUGAAGCAAAAGGUUAUUAGUGUUUCUUUUGAUGUAUCCGAAUGUUCCAACUAUCAAAUCAAAUGUUGUUCAAAGAAAUGUCCAAACUCUGAGAUUUGUUGGAUGUUCUAUUAUUGUUUUUGUUUUUCUCGGCGUAUUCUGCCAAUCGUGUUAUAAUCUGGACAAUGCAGCGACCUCUUUGCAAGUGCUUACUGAAAUUGGUGAUGUAUUUUAAUAUGUUUA